UUUAAGAAUGAAAUUAUCAUUGACCAUAAACAAGUUCAAAUUCAUAUCAUCACGAAAAUAUCUAAUAAAUCAUUCCAACCAUCUCACAAAAGAAACCUCAUUUGUUAAUUCAAAUUAAAAAUUACGGUUCUAGUUGGUAGUAUACAUUGUAAAAUCGACAAUAAGGUUGAGGAAGCAUAUAUAAAAUUAAUAAUUAUGAUUUGAUGGUCUUAGUUUAUGUUAAAAUAUUUUUUUGUUAAAAUAGUGAACCAAUGGACCAGUUAAACCGUGUCUGUUCAUCUGAAUUUAUGUUGAACCGUGAAAAACCGUUUGGUCCAUCAAUAACCACUCAAACAAUGAACUGGACCGCUAUCGUAACUGGUUUGACAGUUCUACUAGCCCGGCCGUUGAUUCGGUUUGGUUCUUAUAACAAGAGUAUCCACAGACCACAAGGACGAACUAAACUACCGUCGCAAGCAAUGGAAUCAAAUGUCCUCCUCCUCAUUCUCAGAAGGAAUGUGACGAUACCAUCCUCCUCGUUUUCAUCCCAAAUAGGGAUGAUAACAAAACCCAAAUUCACGGGUACCCUACCAGACCCAACCCGGUUAACGCAGGUAAAACCCGUGUAGACGGGUUAUUGGAUUCGGAUUUAAACCCGUUCAUUAUUCACCAUGAUGGGUUUGGGUUUAGGUAUACCCGCCCCAUGGAUACCCGCCCACACGCAUAUAAUUAAUUUUCUUGGUAUAUUAGUAUUCUAAGCAACUAAUCUUCUUUAUGUUUGUGGAGACAUAUCUAAUAUUUUCUUUCUAAUUGUGUAGGAUGAAGUUGAUAUUAUCGAGUGUAGAGUGAAGAAGAUUAAUUGACGAGGAAGAAUCUUUCAAUUAAUCAUGUUGUUUAUGGAUGAUUUGGGAUUUGCUUGAAUUUUCUUGAGUUUUAUAGAUUGGUGUGUUGAACAAUUUGUAUGGUUAAUUUGUGAUUUGUUUCAAUUUUCUAGAAUUGUGUUUUAUAUAUGGAUAAUUUGUAUUGAAGGGUUGAUAUUUGACUUUUAUUUUGACAAGAACUUGUUAUUGUUAAUUUUUUACGACAAAACUCCAUGAGUAUACAUGAGCCCGCGAAUAUCCAACGGGUUGGGUUUGAGUUUUCCAAACCAAUAAAUUUUACCUCAAAUUUUUUUCACGGAUAAAUCUAUGAUUUUGAGUUUGACAAAAACCAACCAAUUGCCAUCUCUAAUCUCAAGACCAAACAUGCCUCUCAGCUUAGUCAUCAUCCAAACGUCAAUGCCGGGGUCAAACACUAAAAUGUGCAGGGGCCAUUGGGCCAAACACCAAAAAGUAAAAACCAGUGGUUAGAAAAAAUAACGCCCACCGUGGGGCUCGAACCCACGACCACAAGGUUAAGAGCCUUGCGCUCUACCAACUGAGCUAGACGGGCUGGAUGAUAUACUUUUCCAUGUAAAUUUAAUUUUUCUUAGGUUAUUGCUAACCGGCGGUCCGAUCUGAGUUUUCAAUUUUCAACAGUCACCAACUAACUCGUAGUAAGGAAAUCUUGUCUUGGUGCCUUCAAGCUUCCGCUACAGCCGAUGGCAUAAUCGAGUAGGUAAACGGCUUAACGGAAACAGGGUUGACAACAAAUGGAGCUCUUGUGGAUGAUCGCGGAGCUCUUCUUCGCCCUGAUUAUCGUCCUGGCUUCGUCGUUCCUCUUCGCAAUGUUCUUCGAAGCCUACCGAAGAAGAAACAACAACAAGCACAUUGAUGCUCCUGCCUUUUUUGAGGAUCCGAAUUCCUUGAAACAGGUUCCAUGUCCAUAUCUGGUAGAUCCCGCCGAAAAGUACAUAUCUUUAAUCAUUCCUGCAUUCAAUGAAGAGCACAGACUUCCUGCAGCUCUUGAUGAAACAAUUAACUAUCUCCAAAACCGUGCAGCAAAGGACAAGUCUUUUACUUACGAGGUGAUUAUUGUUGAUGAUGGAAGUGCUGAUGCAACAAAAAGGGUGGCAUUUGACUUUGUAAGGAAAUACUCAGUGGAUAAUGUAAGGGUUAUCCUUCUUGGGCGAAAUCAUGGUAAAGGAGAAGCAAUUAGAAAAGGCAUGCUUCAUGCACGUGGUGAAAUACUUCUAAUGCUGGAUGCAGAUGGAGCAACAAAGGUUAAUGAUCUGGAGAAGCUUGAAAAUAAGAUCCGUGCAGUUGCGAGUGCUGAAGAUACUAAGGAUGGAACGUCAGGAUUUAGGAUAGCUGACAUUCCAGUAGCUGCAUUUGGUUCCCGUGCUCAUCUUGAAGAGAAGGCUUUGGCAACAAGGAAGUGGUACCGUAAUUUUCUGAUGAAAGGAUUCCAUGUUGUGGUUCUCUUGGCUGCUGGGCCUGGUAUUCGCGAUACGCAGUGUGGCUUUAAGAUGUUUACAAGGGCCGCUGCAAGGAAGCUUUUCACAAAUAUUAGGCUCAAAAGAUGGUGCUUCGACGUCGAGUUGGUAUUUCUGUGCAAACAAUUUGGCAUCCCGAUGCAGGAGAUUUCAGUCAACUGGUCGGAAAUACCAGGUUCCAAGGUCAACCUUUUAAGCAUUCCCAAUAUGCUGUGGGAGCUUGCACUAAUGUCAGUGGGAUAUAGGACAGGAAUGUGGAAAAUUUCCUAUUGAACCCUUAUAAUAGUGAAAUAUACACAUGAGCUUCCCUUCGUAGUUCUUCCUCUCUAGAGUUUAUGACAGCACAAAUUUACACUCCAGCGAUUUAUGCCAGUUCCUCGUAGAAGCAGCAAAAAAAAACCUCUUUUAACAUUUAGGCAGGCACUUUCUAAAGUUUCUUCUAUUAUCACAUUUUUGGGCUGGUGAUUCUGUUUCAGAGGAAUCAACGAUGUUACCGAUC